AUGGACGGCUCAACUUUUGACCUACCAGUUGGGGAGACCGCAACCGUGGAGGAUGUCUCCACUCUCAUUGCCUCUCGCGGCACUCGCCUUUCACCCGGCCUUUGCCUGGUGCUGACCUCCGGUGGUACCGUCUUGGACGAUUCGAAGCCACUACUGGAACAGCUGUGUGGGGAAGAAGUCACCUACAUUACCCGGGAAGUCUCCGCAGGAGAAGCCGCCGUGAGCUUGCAGCGUGCCUUGGCCUCUGAGACGAACAAUGCAGAUGUCCUGCGUGCCGGGGACUUAAGAGCCAUCCAGGGCAUUACGUCAUUGAGCUUCGGCUUUGCAUGGAACCAGAGCUUGGAAGGGGUACCCAUGUCAAGCAGGUUGCAGACUUUGACGUUCGGCAGUGACUUCGACCAGAGCUUGGAUGGUGUGGCACUGCCAAGCAGCCUACAGACUCUGAUCAUGGGCAGGUAUUUCAACCAAAGCUUAGCAGGAGUGAUUUUACCAAGCAGUCUGCAGACACUAACCUUUGGAGAGAGUUUCAACCAGAGCUUGAAGGGUGUCGCUUUGCCAAAACACUUGCAGACUUUGACCUUCGACCGCUAUUUUAACCAGAAAUUGGACGAUGUCACAUUGCCAGGUAGCUUGCAGACGUUAACCUUCGGAUAUGAAUUCAACCAAAGCUUGGCCGAUGUUCAGUGGCCAAACAGCUUGCGAACGUUGACCUUGGGGGAGCGGUUUAACCAGAGUUUGGAAGGUGUCAGGUUGCCGAGCAAUCUGCAGACUUUGAUCUUCGGCUUCAAAUUUAACCAGAGCUUAGAAGGUGUCACCUUGCCUCUCAACCUGCAGACGCUGACCUUUGGUUGGGAAUUCAAUCAGAGCUUGGAAGGGGUCACGCUGCCAAGCAGCCUACGGACCUUGGCUUUUGAGUUUGAUUUCGACAAGAGCCUUCAAGGGGUCACACUUCCUAGCAGCCUCCAGACAUUGACUUUUGGAGGUUCCUUCAACCAGAGCUUGCAAGGUAUUAGCUUCCCGAAGGGUUUGCAGAAUUUGACCUUCGCCGAGGAGUUUAGCCAGAGCUUAGAUGGUGUCACAUUGCCAGAUAGCCUUGAGACUUUCACCAUGGGCAACAACUUUGACCAGAGCUUGAAAGGUGUCACAUUGCCAAGCAGCUUGCACACUUUGACCUUUGGUGCCAACUUCAUCCGGUGCUUUGAAGGAGCCAGACUGCCAAGCAACCUGCGAACCUUGACUUUUAGCAAUAGUUUCAACAACAGCUUGCAGGGCGUCACGCUGCCAAGCAGCUUGCAAACUUUGGUUUUUGGUGAUGGUUUCAACACCCGGCUGGCAGGUGUCACCUUGCCAAGCAGCCUGCAGAACUUGACCUUUGGCCGUACUUUCAACCAAAGCUUGGAAGACAUCACACUGCCACUCAAUCUGCAGACUUUGACUUUCGGCGCUGAGUUCGACCAGAGCUUGGCAGGUGUUUCUUUGCCGAGCAACCUGCAAACUUUGACCUUUGGCGAGAGGUUCAACCAGAGCUUGGUAGGAGUCACAUGGCCAAGCACCUUGCACACUUUGACUUUUGGAGCUUGUUUUGACAAGAACUUGGAUGGUGUAACUCUGCCAAGCAGCUUGCACACCUUGAAUUUUGGCGAUUGUUUUAACAAUAGCUUGCAGGGUGUCACCUUGCCAACCAGCUUGCAAACUUUGACUUUUGGCGAUUGCUUCAACACCAGCCUGGCAGGCGUCGCAUUGCCAAGCAGUUUGCAAGCUUUGACUUUUGGCCGUGCUUUUGAUCAGAGCUUGGAAGGUGUCGCUCUGCCAAGCAACCUGCAGACUUUGACAUUCGGCCGCUUAUUCAAUCAAAGCGUGUCAGGUGUCCUUUGGCCAAGCAACCUGCAGCAUUUGACCUUUGGCGUGUGGUUCAACCAGAGCUUGGCAGGUGUCACACUACCAAGCCACCUACAGACUCUGACGUUUGGCAGUGACUUCGACCAGAGCUUGCAAGGUGUGACCUUGCCAAGCAGUUUGAAGACCAUGGACUUGGGCUACUUGUAUGACCACAGCCUGGCAGGGGUUAGAUUACCUCGCACUUUGCAGCAACUCAGCUUAGGAGAUUUCGGGAUCGCCACAGCUGCACUGGCCGAAGAGAACAAGAUCGCUGGCCGAUGA